AUUUGUCGGCUCUCCUUUCUUUGUCUCGUUUCCUCUUCAAUUUACAACUAAUUCAUCUUCAGAUCGAAAUUGGCGCCCCUUUUCUAUUUCUCAUCCCUCAAAAACUUGCAACAUUUUUCCCAAAUCAAAAUCCACACAACUCCAAAUCCAUUGAAAAUUUUCUGCUAAAUCACAUUUUCAAUGUCCACUCGUCGACGUACCUUGCUCAAAGUCAUCGUCCUCGGCGACAGUGGAGUUGGAAAGACAUCGUUGAUGAAUCAAUAUGUACAUAAUAAGUUUAGUCAACAAUAUAAGGCAACUAUUGGGGCCGAUUUUGUGACUAAGGAGCUCCAAAUUGAUGACAAACUUGUUACACUACAAAUUUGGGAUACUGCUGGACAAGAAAGGUUUCAAAGCCUUGGUGUUGCAUUUUAUAGAGGUGCAGAUUGUUGUGUUCUUGUCUAUGAUGUUAAUGUAAUGAAGUCUUUUGAUACACUUGACAAUUGGCAUGGCGAGUUUCUCAAGCAGGCAAAUCCGCCAGAGCCUAAAGCAUUCCCUUUUAUUUUACUGGGAAAUAAAAUUGACAUAGACGGUGGUAAUAGCAGAGUGGUCUCUGAGAAGAAAGCCAGGGAUUGGUGUGCAUCAAAGGGGAAUAUACCUUAUUUUGAGACUUCAGCAAAAGAGGAUAUCAAUGUUGAUGCUGCUUUUCUUUGUAUUGCCAAAGCUGCAUUAGCCAAUGAGCGUGAGCAAGACAUAUACUUUCAAGGCAUUCCCGAAGCAGUUCCUGAAACUGAGCAGAGAGGAGGUUGUGCUUGUUGAGCUAAAUGAAUAGUUCAAUAAGUUUCAUCAGAGGCUGUGGUUGCGAAAUUCAUCAUUCUUUAUUGUGAUCAACAAUCUUUUUGUGUUGGAUUCGUACACAAUGCUCUUGUAAUAUUUUAAGAGAUUGUGUCCCUUCUAUUGUCAUUUUGUAGGUAAUCGUUUUCCGGGGUUAAUUGUAGUUUUUCAUGCAAUUAUUCUUGGCCCUGGAACCUGUAAUUCUGGAUGAAACUUGUUAAUCUCCCCCUAUACAUCUCUAUCGCCACUUCAGGUCUAUUGGGCUUUUGUUGUUAAGUUUCCUAAACAAACUGUUCAGAUAUUUAUACUGUGUUAGCUGGAUGAAUUUAAGGCACCAGUAAAUCAAGAGUUACUGCCACUGGUAAAUUUGCUCGGAA